UUUGUUAUGGUGAUAGCAAAACAACACGUCACUAGUGUUAUAGCUAUAUAUAUAGUACUAAAAAUAGUCGCGGUUAGCUAAAGGUUAACAAGCCCCCGCCCCCUGCAGCAGUCAGCUGAGAGGCCCCGUCACGUGACUGCGGGCUCCAUCACAUGAGCUGAGAGAUGGCUGCCUGGCUCCUGCUGCUGUUCGCGGUCUCGGCGCCUUCCGUGGGCCGGGCGCAGACCUCCGAGGUGUCGGUCAUCUUGGAUGCCAGCACCGGGCAGCUGAGCACUGUGCCGGAGAGGAGGCCUGGAGCGGUGGCUUGGGCUGUGCUCCGAGACAGCAUACAGGACAACGGAUGGGCAGUUCUUGAGCUACAGAGCAAUGCCAGCUAUAAUGAUAGUAUCCAGGCCUAUGCUGCGGGGGUGGCCGAAGCAGCAGUUACACAGCGGCUUAUCUACAUGCAUUGGAUGAACACCAUGGUUGGUUAUUGUGGUCCAUAUAAGUAUGAAACUCCAUACUGUGAAAGGCUGAGGAACUAUCUAGAGGCUAAUCUAGCCUGGAUACAGGAGCAGAUGGAGAAAGAGCAAGAUCAGGAUUACUGGCACCAGGUUCGGCUUGCACUGCUGCAACUGAAAGGUCUGGAGGAUAGCUAUAGUGGCCGCAUCUCCUUUCCUCAGAAAACGUUCACGCUUAGUCCCUUUGGGUUCCUUCUAUUUCAACUUGGUGGUGACUUAGAAGAUCUAGAAGCUGCCCUGAACAAGUCAGAUGCUUCUAAAGAUCUGGGCGCUGGGUCAUGCUCUGCCCUCAUCAAGCUUCUUCCUGGCAAUAAAGAUCUCCUGGUGUCUCAUGUAACCUGGAACACAUACCAGUCCAUGUUACGCAUCAUCAAAAAGUACACACUUCCCUUUCGUACCAACCCCAAUGGAGGCCCCCUGGUACCAGGCUUUGUUCAGACCUUUUCUUCUUACCCAGGAACCAUCUUCUCUGGUGAUGACUUCUACAUCCUCAGCAGUGGGCUAGUAACCUUGGAGACAACCAUUGGGAACAGCAAUCCUGAUCUCUGGAAGUACAUCCAGCCAAAAAAUUCUGUAUUGGAGUGGUUAAGGAACAUUGUAGCAAACAGACUGGCCACAAGUGGACAAGAGUGGACUGAUACUUUUAAAAAGUUUAAUAGUGGAACAUAUAAUAAUCAGUGGAUGGUUGUAGAUUAUAAUAAAUUCAAUCCUGGAAGCACGGAUGUACCCAGCGGACUUCUCACUGUCCUAGAACAGCUCCCGGGUAUAAUUAUUUCGGCAGAUAAAUCUGAUCUUCUUUAUCAAUCUGGAUAUUGGGCAAGCUACAAUGUUCCGUACUUUGAAGAGAUCUAUAAUGCAAGUGGACAAGUGGAACUUCUGAAAAAAUAUGGAGACUGGUUCAGUUAUUCAAAAACUCCUCGCGCUCAAAUAUUUCGCAGGAAUCAGACACUUGUGCAGGAUCUAAAAUCUAUGGUCAAUCUUAUGAGGUACAAUAACUUUCUCUAUGAUCCACUCUCACGUUGUGAAAGUUGUGAUCCAAAGCCCAAUGGAGAGAAUGCAAUCUCUGCUCGAUCUGAUCUUAAUCCUGCCAAUGGAACAUACCCAUUUGGAGCCAUGCGUCAGCGACAACAUGGCGGCACUGAUAUGAAGGUCACAGGUUAUGACCUUGCCAAGCAUCAUCAAAUGGUGGCCGUCAAUGGUCCCUCAUGGGACCAAGUUCCAGCCUAUCAGUGGAGCACUUCUCCUUUCAGCAACCUCAUGCAUAUGGGCCAUCCUGACCUCUGGAAUUUUGAUCCUAUUGUCAUCAAGUGGGAUUGAGGCGUUUUCUUUUC